AUGUUAGAAAAAAAGUUUGCUGACAUUGACAAGAAAUUUGAGAAUGUUUUAAACAAGAACAAGAGGAAGUUAGAAAAUGCUCAGAUAAAGCCUAUACAUGACAAGUUCUUAUUUGCUCAGAAUGGUAUAACAGGUCUAAUUGCACCACCUGGGUCGGGUAAGACUUUCACUUAUCUUAAAAUGGCUGCACAACAACAAGAACUAGAUGAGAAGAACCCAUUCUAUGAGUUAGUUGUCAUUUGUAGUACUUCUGGUCAAUUUGACCAAACCGUCAAUUCGUUCAAAGAUAUUAUAAAGAAGUCUAAGUUAGUAUGUAUAAAAGACUCUGAGUUGUUAGAUUGGAUAAAGAAGUACCAAAGAAGAGUUUUGAAGUACAAUGCUAUAAAUGAGUAUGUCAAUUCGAAGUUUAAAGACCCAAAUGAGGAAAUGCAGAGAAUAUUAGAGAAGAAACACUUCAGAAACAAACAGAAAGAGAUAGAAUACAUUUCGAAGAAAUUGCAAUCUUACGAUUGGAAGACUUACCCUCAUAGAUGUCUUCUUAUCUUAGAUGACUUUGCUUCUCAUCCUUUGUUAAAGAACAGAGAACAAGACAUGUGUCGAAUUCUCAA